AUGUCUCUCCCUUAUCCUUCCACUUCCACUUGUUUCCAACCUCUCACAUACACCAAAUCCUUCACAAUCCAACCUCCCUUUCUCAAAUUCAAGGGGUCAUCAGGUUUAGGUAUUAAGCCAUUUUAUACAUCUCAAAAGACAAACCCUAAGAUCUCGUGUGCUAUCAACGUGUCUGCCGCACAUUCAUCCCACGAUGAUAGAAAACUGCAAUUCGAUCGGUUAAUAAACAAAGCGCGAAUUCUUUGGGACAAUUCUCCUCAGCCAGUGAAGAAUUUUCCAUGGAACGCAGCACUGGGAAACUUCAUUCAACUUGUUAUCGAUCUUACUUUGGCUGUUGUCAAGUACCUUUAUGUACCUGUGUUUACAGUUACCUCUAUCAGCGAGUUAUCCUAUUGCGCACGUCAAAGGAAGCUUGUUCUUGUUCCUCUUCCGAUUCUACUUGGAGCUGCCGUUGCUGGGAUCCUUAAAGAGACUGCAUUGGAGAUGUCUCCACGGCUAAGGGAUGCAGAAGUUCCAUGGCAUUUAAUUGCAAUUGCGAUUUUCUUCACAUUGAUCAAAUUGCCAGGUCCAUAUUACCCUUAUUGGGGACGUAUACUAAUUCCUCAGUUUGCAAACGGGGUUUUAUUCAGGGCUCUAUGGUUUGCAAUAUUGUGGUAUAGAAGACCUAAAGUAUUGAAGAUGUCAGAGUCCGAUAGUUAG